AUGAAUUUACAAAAUUUCGAUUCCUUAUGCAAUGAUUGCUGCUUUUCAAGAACAUUGGAAGUAAUUAUAGUUAUUAAGAUAAUAGAGUAAGUAAAUAGCAGAAUAGGCAAUUUAUUAAUUCAUUGAAGAUAUAAGAAAUGUAGAUUUUCUAUGUCAGAUAAUAUAAUAAACUCAGUCAGGCUCAACAUUAUUUGUUAUAUCCGAAUACAUUGCAAAGAUUGUAGUUUCAGAAAGGUCUUUUAAAGGAUUCUAAUGUUCUGAUCGUAGUUUAUAAGAAGGAUAAUCAACUUUAGGAUAAUGCUUAAACAGAGAAGAAAAUGUUGUGUUAUCUAAAAAAUGCAUGGUCUAUGAAACUUUGGUUUCAUUAUUUUGUAUAAGUCUCUAAAAGCAAUAAGAAAAUCAUGUGUAAAAUUCAAUCUGUAAUUUGGUGGGUUUGUUGAUUCAGCAAAUAAUGAUGAUUAGUAGCAACCAAUUCUCAAAAUUCAAGUUAGUUUUUAACUCUUUUUUUUAAGGGAAUCAACCCUACCUACUUUCAAUUGGGUUGAAAUUAGCUUAGAAUGUUUUAUAAAAUUUACAACUUUAUUCAUCUUAUGACUCUUAUGUUUCAUAUAGAAAAAUUAUGUUUCAGUUUUAAAGUAGCGACAUAUUAGAUUUUAUGUAGACUGUUUGUACAGUUUUGAAAUAAUGUAGUGCAAAUCUUUAUAAGCCAGCGUUAGCCUCGCUUAAAGAUAUUUUAAUGUUUAAUUUUAAUGUUAGUUAUUUUGAAUUAGAAUCGGAUUUUGAUCCAAAUGAUUAAAAUAAUGUUAGCGUAAAUUAAUUUAAUAUACUUUUAGUUUCCUGAUAAAUUUGCUGAAUUUUUUAAUGAUAGACAAUUAUUAGAAUUACUUUUUAAGAUUGUUGCUUCAUACUGUUCCACUGACUCAUCUUUAGCUCUAUUAGCAUUAAAAUCACUUAAGAGAAUGGCUUCUUCUAAGAAGAGAAUAUUUACGGAAAAAAUAAAAAAAAGAUUGUUUUCUAAAGAAAUGUAUUAAGGUUGCAUAUUUCUUUUCGAGAAAGUACAAUAAGCAAAUGAAGAAAUAAUAAGUGAUAUUCUUGAGUUAAAUACUAAAUUAAAUAAUUGUUUUGGUUUGAGAUAAAUUAGAUUUGAUUUUACAUUUAGUUAACAAUGGUUAUUUUGUUUAUAAACGUUUUGUAUUUAAAUCUUACAAAAAUAAAUGAAAAUUAAGGAUCCACAUAUGUAUUAAAUGAUAGAAUUGAUGAAGAAAUUAGUAAAAUUUAUAACUGAUUUUAAAUUGGAUGUAACAUUUAAAUAAUCAAUUUCUAAAACAAUAUCUGAAAUAGGUAAAUCUAUAAUUCAUUUAUUAUUGAAUUCUCAAAAUUCUUUUUUCUAGGGUUACACUCCUUAGAACCAUAAAAAGUUGAAACAUACUCUAAAAGAAUUUUUUGAAAAUCUUUUUCCAAUUUUAGCAAUAGAUCUAGUAAGCCAUAUUAAAAUGAUUUAUCAUUCUUUUAAAAACGCAGCUUAGGAUUAAGAAAAAUUCAUAAUUGAAUUAAGUUUAAUUAAUUAUAUUGUAAUAAAUCCAUAAAUUUUAGAAAAAAACAGUGAAGAAAUUAUUUAAAUGAUAUAAACUGUUAUUAAAGAUUCACUAAAUUUUUUAUAAGUUUCUACUCUUAAUUUACCCCCUUUAGUUAUUAUGUCUGCAAUGUCUUUAGCAGAUAAUCUAUUUUAAUUUGCCUUAAGUGAAUCUGAUGAAUCAAUAAGCAGACAACGAUCUAAUAAAGCAUUUUUCGAUAUUUUUAUUAAGCCAAUUCAAAGUUAACCAUAAUAAGCAACUAAUCAAUUAUUAUAAUACAUAAUUUUAUAAUUGUAAAUUGAAAACAAAGAAAUAAUAGAGUAUGCCUUAGUAAUUAUGAAAGAAACGAUUGUUAGACUUAAACAUCAUUUAUAUAAUGAAGCAUUUUAAACAUCAAAUAUUGUAACUCAAAUCAAAGGAAUUUUAUUGAAUUUAAAAAAUACCGCUUUAUAAAAAGAUACAUUUUUAAGUUGUCGAACAUUAGCCUCAGAAAUUCUAUCAAUUUUAUUGUUUGACACAGCUUAUGAGAACUAUAUUGAAUCAAUAAUAUAAUUGAACUAAUUUUUAACAAUAUAACCAACACAACAAUCAAUUUUAAUUUAUCUCUAUGAAAUGCUCGGUUAUUUUAGACAUGUUGAUACAAGCAAAAUAUUUAGAUUGCUAAUUAAAUAGCAUCUAAUAAAAAUAGCAGAAUUAACUAGAUUCAUUUUAAUAGAUAAUCCUUAACAAUUUUAAAUGUGUAAAUUAUGUUUGAAAUUAAUGGUAGCAAUAACUGAGAAUAAGAGCUUAAGAUAUUAAUAUCAUAGUUCAUCAAUUGUAUAAAUUGAAUUAGUAAGGACAUUUUAAGGUAUUCUAACAAGUUAUCUAUAACAUCUUAUAAAUGCUAUAUCAGAUGAUAAAGUUAAAUAAGAGUACUCAGCCUAAAUAUGUAGAUUAGUUGGAUUAAUAUUCAAGAUUAUGAAUAAUAUUUUGAAAGGUAAAUAUAUAUCUCAAACUUGUUAAUUACUUUUUGCAGACAGAAAAUAUUUAGAUUAAUUAGUAACAGCAUUAGAAAUUACAUCAAAGAUUUCAAAUUAUAUCAUAGUAAUUAUCUAUAUUAAUUUUAGAUGUAUAAUAAAACUUGUUUAUAAGUAGUAUAAGUUUUAUAAGUAGUAAGUUCAUCACAAUUAUAAUUAUUUGAAUUAAAUCCUCAGUCAUUAACUACAUUGAUGAUAAUUAUUGAAAGCUUAUAGAAACAUUUGUUAAGUUAAUUGUCUUAAGAAUACAAAACUUAAACUAUUUCUACAUAUCAUUAACCUUAGGAUAAAGUUACAUUGGAUUAAACAACGGAAAUAAUUAUAUCAAUCCUUGAAUUUAUAUCUGAAGAACAAUAAUUAAGUUAGAUGGGUGUUUUAUAAUCGUUUGUUUAACCAAUAGAUAAUAUUAUUGAACUUAUUUUGAAAGAAUUACUACUAUGUUUGAUAAAAGGUCAAUGUUCACAAUAAACAAAUCAAAAAAUUACAAGAUAAGUAUUUGCUAUAAUGUGCACUUUUUAAUAAGUUUUUGUAGGAAUUUUAAGCAAAGUUUUACUGAGAUCUGAUUAAUAAAUUGAACCUUCAUAACUCUAGAUUUUAACAUAAGAUUUGGACCUUAGAAUCAAACAAUAAAAUGAAGAAUAAUUUAAAAAAAACUUCAAUCUAUUUAUGUAAUAAUUUGGAAUUUGA